UUGGCAGCAAUGAUGGACGGAUAAUUAUAAGUAACGAUUUUUUUAGGUUACCUCGUAUACUCCGCAUAAACCAGCAUAACUUGGCUCGAGCUCUACGUCCGCAAGAUAUUGACGAAAUGUCCAGGAGAAAUCCCGGGGACGAUUAUAGAAAAGGGUCAAGUGUCUACAGAACCGAGGACAGGAGAGAGGAUGACAGAGGUAGGGACCGCUCGCCACUUAGAGCCGAGGAACGUUACGACGUGGACGAUUGCGAUCAAUCAGAUGUGAAGAAACAGAAAUUGGCGUUUGGCUUUGGAAAGAAGACUGGUAAUGAGCAGAAGAAAGGAAUUCAAAUUAAAUUAGGUUCUGUCUCCAAGUCAACUGUGAAAGCAGCACCAGUACAAAAACCAACAGUGGCUUCGGUGUUCAACGCGGAUGACGACGAUGACGAACCGGAAGAGAUGCCGGCAGAGGCAAGGAUGAGGAUGCGAAAUAUCGGGCGUGAAACGCCGACGUCGGCCGGGCCAAAUUCGUUUGGCAAGACAAAACAAGGAUUCUGCGAUUCAAAAAAGAUAUUCGAGAAAACGCUCAAAAAGGCAAUGGAGGAGGCGAACAAAUGAUUUUGCAUGUAUAGACAUAAGAGAAUGUGUGUAUACUGAAAAAAUUACUUGUACAUUAAUUUUUAAUCUAAUAAUUAGAAACUUUGUUCUUGCUGAAGACAAUUGCAAGUAUUUUUUAUGAAAUGUAAGUAACUCCUUGAUCAGAAUUCAAAUUUAAAGUUUCGCUUCAAAACUAAAAGGAAUAUUAGCUACAUAUGCAUAUUAUGUAUAAUAAAUCUAUAAAUUAUACUCCCACUCUGCGUUUGGCGAUUCUGAGUUUUCCUAUGUAAUAUCAAAUAUAUAUAUAUAUAUAUAAAAUAGAUUAAUAUUUAUAAAUAUACAUAGUUCAUUAUGAACUCUAUCAAUUUGCGAUAAAAUAUUGUCUUUCUUUCGAAAUAAUAAAAAUAAUAUUGAAUGAA